AUGUUCCAAGAGAAUACAGGCUUUCAUCUGAGUGGCACAGUAACUGAGCUGGCCACUGCUUCUGAACCAGCAGUGACUUACAAAGUUGCAAUCAGUUUUGAUCGAUGCAAAAUCACCUCAGUGACAUGUGGCUGUGGAAACAAGGACAUAUUCUACUGUGCUCAUGUGGUAGCGCUCUCACUCUACAGGAUCCGUAAACCAGACCAAGUCAAAUUGCGUCUUCCUAUCUCAGAAACCCUUUUCCAGAUGAAUAGGGACCAGCUACAAAAGUUUAUUCAAUAUUUAAUCACAGCACACCACACUGAAGUUCUUCCUACUGCACAGAAACUGGCAGAUGAGAUUCUGUCCUCCAACUCAGAAAUCAACCAAGUGAACGGUAAUUGUACAUUUUUGUUGCAAAAUAAAAUAGUCUUUUCCACCAUCACUGUCACCAAAACAACCCUCAUGCCUGUACUUUGUUGCACGUUUAGAGGUUGAGACA